ACCUUCUUAUCCUCCACCUCCCUUUUUUUUUCUCCUCUAAGGAUCAUAACACUCCUAAGCUUUCUUUCCUUCCCAACAGAAGAGUUGAUUUUAUCCACCCCCCCCUACAAUUUCUCCUUCUAUUUUUUGCUCACCCCCCACCAAAGUAACAAUUUUAUUUCUGACAUGUUAUUUUUCUCCCUUUUACCUCACUCUCCUUCCUUUUAUCGUCCUCCCUUAUUUCAUCCAUAUCACCCUCUGACCGGAGCACACUUAAACCUUCCCCCUCCGCAAUCAAUUCCCUCCUAGCAGUCCUUAAGACCUCUUAUCCUCACUACCACUAGCCACCUUCUGUAGUACGACUUCCCUGCUUUGCGGAGACCAUAUAAUGCCUCUAUCAUUGUAAAAUUUAGGUGAGGCAAAAAUUAAUUUUCUUGCUACUCCAAUAGGCCCAAGCUUCACCACAUUGUCAUCAUUAUAGGAUGGUGUUUUCUGUUCUUUGCUGAAAACUAUAGUCUUUCCAUCCAGGAUUUCUCAAGCUCUCUUUCAGCUAUAUCGACUUUUUUCUUCUUCAUUGGUGAUGCCCGCAACCAUAGUCCAUAUUGAUAGACCAUUUUUGAUUCAUCAGUCUCAACUUGUUCUUUGUAUUGGCAUUCUUUUUCAGUGUGAUCCAACCUUCCACAAAAGAAACAGAAAUCGACCAAUCUCUCGUAUUUUAUAUCAAUCCAUUGAGGUUGCUUAUUGCCAGUAGCCAAAAGUCCCUUUCUCAACGACUUAUUGAUGUCAACUUGAAUCUUUAUUCUCAUACAUUCAGCCCAACCCAGAGGGUCUGAGUCGUCUACUUCCAGAAAUCCGCCAAGAAAUUCUCCAACGUUGUACAAUUCCUCCAAGGAUCGCUUGUUAAAGGGGGCAUCCAACAAACGCACCCACACAGGGGUGUAUUUGAAAAGUAUUUUCGAGGGCUGUUCAUCUCAAACUUCUUGUAAGAGCAGCAGUUUUUCGUCAAAAACCCACGGCCUGCCUUCUAGGACCCUUCGUUUAUCCUCUUCACAGAAGAAUUGAAACACAAACAAAUUCCAUUCCACAACCCUAAUUUCAAAUUUCUCCUUCAAUCUUCAUACAUUCAUUAGGGUUCUUUUCAUCGCCUCCAUAUUAUAUGGCUUAACAGUCCAUAGUUUACUCACCAAGGUGAGAUUCAAUUUAUUUUUAGUAUCAUCGUUGACAAUUUCUACAUAAUCACCUCCUAGCACAACUCCUUCGUCAUCUGUUAAACGUAAUUUUUCCCAAUCCUUCAACAAAUCGUUCUCCAUUCUUGGCAAAUAGAGUAAAAAUUCGACAAAGAUUCGAUCAGAUGGCUAUGAAAUUGUGAGCAUAUUGGUUGAGAAACAGGGGUUUACACCAGACGCACUCACAAAUCCUAGCACGAGACUAACUCACCCUGCAGAGGGACUUUUUUUGUAAAAUAUUAUUGUAUUUAAUUUCAAGGUAAUUUUUUCAUUUAAUAUUUAAACAUAACCCGAAACAUCACCCGGGUCCUAAACUAGAUUAUGUAAUAACUAAACCUUUGUAUGCUCUCUACCCAUACAAGUCUUCACACAAGUUGCGAGUUAUAUAUUUGUAAUGUACGGGUCCAUCUUUACCCAAGCGGCCAAACCACAUAAUGAUCGAUUUUGAUGGUGUCGAACUUAGCGAGUUUGACCCCCAAUGCACGGGCGCAUGGGCAUGGGGGCAUUAACUAGGCUACAAAAUGGCGUUACUUAUACUCAAUGCGCUUUCUUUUUUCAAACACCGAUCUGUUUAAACUUUAAACCCAACUGUCAAUGAAUCGUAUGAACUAACAAACAUGAAUUCCCUUUCUUUGUACCUGCUUUCAUUCAUCACUAUCACUCUUACUUUCUUCUGUUUCAUCGACCUCGCCUUUGCUCUCACCUCUGAAAUCCCAGGUAGGAGAUUGUUGGAUGAUGAGUCCUCUAAACCCAGGAUUGAUGUAACUAAAGGGUACAUGAGUAAUGAAGAUUUAGAGAAUGCUAUUAUGGCAUUUGGUGAAAGGUGCAGUAACAUUUCAAGGAUAUACAGUAUUGGAAGGAGUGUCAAUGGAUUUCCACUGUGGGUGAUGGAAAUUUCUGAUAAACCAGAAAGCGAAGAGCCUGAACCUGCAUUUAAGUUCAUUGGAAAUGUUCAUGGAGAUGAACCUGUUGGACGUGAGCUUCUAAUACGUCUUGCAAAUUGGCUCUGUGAUAAUCAUGUGAAGGAUCCACUGGCAACAUUUAUUGUAAAAAAUGUACACCUUCAUAUACUACCAUCAAUGAACCCAGAUGGAUAUGCUCUUAGAAAAAGAGGGAAUGCCAAGAAUAUUGAUUUGAAUCGAGAUUUUCCUGAUCAGUUUUUUGCUAUCAAUGACUUGGAGGAUGCAAGGCAACCUGAAACAAAAGCAAUUAUGCGGUGGUUGAGAAGGAUACAGUUUACAGCCUCUGCCAGUUUGCAUGGGGGUGCUCUUGUUGCAAAUUAUCCUUGGGAUGGCACUCAGGAUAAAAGAAAGGAAUACUACGCAACCCCUGAUGAUGAAACAUUUCAGCUUUUGGCUAGUCUGUAUAGUCAAUCUCACUAUAACAUGUCUACAAGCAAAGAGUUUCCUGGAGGUAUAACCAAUGGAGCAGCUUGGUAUCCCAUCUAUGGAGGCAUGCAAGAUUGGAACUAUAUACAUGCUGGUUGUUUUGAGUUGACAUUGGAAAUAAGUGACAAUAAAUGGCCUAAUGCUAGUGAGCUUCCUACAAUUUGGGAGUAUAAUAAAAUGAGCAUGUUAAAUCUGGUGGCUGCUACUGUGAAGACGGGAGUCCAUGGAAGGAUUUUUUCAUCAGAUACUGGGAGGCCAUUGCCAGCCUCAAUCAAUAUCAAGGGAUUUAAUCAGACGGUGAAAGCUGGACGUCUAUUUGCUGAUUACCAUCGUUUACUUGUACCAGGGAUCAAAUAUCAAGUCACAGCCUCGAGUCCAGGUUAUAAGUCUAAAUCGACCACUAUCUUUCUCGAGGAGGGAGCCACAACAGCGGACUUUGUUCUUGAACCAGAAAUCAGUAGUGUGGGGAAAAUAGUAGAAACUGGUUGCCCUUGCUCUGGCAGCAACAAAAAUAGGCUUGAAGUGGUUGAUAUACUUGCUCACCCUCAAAUGGAGAUUUCUCUCGUCAUUGUUGUUGCAUUUGCGUUCCUUUUGCUUUUGUACAGAAGAAAACUCUGUUUUAGUCUUCCAAAACAUAGACAAUCAGCUGGGUCUAAAAGACCGGUUGUUGUAUGAACCUCAUCUUGCUCUUUUUAAUACAUUAGGAAACUGUAACCUAUGUUAGCACGUUACCAUAGCAUUGGUUGCCACAGCCAUAGAGCAUUACCACAGGCAAGGAAAACAGCUUCGAGCAAAUUCUGUAUAAGCGUAAUUGUAGAAAUACUUCGUACGUUGUAACUUUUGUAUACUAAUUUAUCAUAUGUCGUGAGCCAAAGUAGUUCUUCCAAUGACAUGUAGCAAACCAAUUGAUUAUAAGAAUCUCAUACGGUA